CAGAAGCUGCUGCAGAAUUUACAGGCAAUUGAAGGAAGGCUGAUCUCCCAAUGAUUCUCACACUGUGCCUGGGGCUUGUCUCUCUGAGUUUUACAUCCCAGCAGCAGCUGGCCUUGAACUGCAUUUCCUCAGCAGGGGAUCUCCCUGCUCCUGAGCUAUUUCUGAGCAAGUCAUCCGCUUAUGUGGGUGACACUCUUCUUUAUCGGUGUGUCAUCCCCACGGAGUCCGCCGUGAGCUUCGCUUUCCUUUGCAAGGAUGGCAAAGAAAUAACUAGGAAACCAGCCAUGCCAGGGAAAUUUUCCUUUGACUUCUCCUAUCAUGUGACUGAGCAGAGUUCAGGCAACUUUUCCUGUGGGUAUCAACACAAAGGCCGCCAUAAACAAGUGCAGAAUUCAAACCUCAGCAUCGCCCGCUACCUGCGUGUCACAGGUGAGGAGGCCUCCUUGUCUCAGAGGAUAAAAAUGCUCCUUUUGUUUAGUGUUUUGUUUAGAAGCAUACAGGGGGCCUAUACCUGCAACCCUUGCUCCAGCAAGUGUCUCUGUCAAUGGAGACAUGGCAUUGAAGUGUUGGUCCAUAAAAGUUUCAGAAUAGAAGCAAAGAGAGUAUCUGUUCCUCAGAGCAGCUCAGCAUGGCUGGUGCAAUACACAGAGCCCUUAAUUGCCAUGAGAUUGAACGGGAGUGUCUGACAAAGAGUAUUUCUCACUUUUCACUCAGCUACUUUGCAGGGUGGGAGGCUCAAAUGUCCCCGUUCUCUAGGAUCUCCUCUUUAGUAAUAGCCAGUGCUGGGUGCCUCGGGGGGAAGGGAUGGAAACUACAGAGUUGUUUGAAUAAUAUUUGUUGAAUGAU